AUGGCAGGAGAACAGAAACCAUCCUGCAAUCUUCUGGAGCAGUUUAUUUUACUAGCCAAAGGUACAAGUGGCUCAGCUCUGACUGCUCUUAUAAAUCAAGUGCUGGAGGCUCCUGGGGUUUAUGUAUUUGGCGAGCUAUUGGAGUUAACAAAUGUGCAAGAGCUUGCUGAAGGGUCUAAUGCUGCUUAUUUCCAGUUGCUGAACCUGUUUGCAUACGGAACGUACCCAGACUACAUGGCAAACAAAGAUAACCUGCCUGAAUUAACAUUGACUCAGAAAAACAAGCUGAAACACUUGACAAUUGUAAGCCUGGCUUCCAGAAUGAAGUGCAUUCCCUAUUCUGUGUUGCUGAAGGACCUGGACAUGAGGAAUCUGAGGGAGUUGGAAGAUCUGAUUAUUGAAGCGGUUUAUACAGACAUUAUCCAGGGGAAGCUGGAUCAACGAAACCAGGUGCUAGAGGUGGAUUUUUGUAUCGGCAGAGACAUUCAGAAGAAAGACAUCAGUAACAUUGUCAAAACGCUCCAGGAAUGGUGCGAUGGUUGUGAAGCGGUCCUUUUAGGAAUUGAGCAGCAAGUACUUAGAGCCAACCAAUACAAAGAGAACCAUCACCGAACUCAACAGCAGGUAGAGAUGGAGGUCACAAACAUAAAGAAAACAUUAAAAGCUACAGCCUCGUCGUCGGCACAAGAGAUGGAACAACAGCUGGUAGAGCGAGAGUGCCCUCCACACACAGAACAAAGGCAGCCCACAAAGAAGAUGUCCAAAGUCAAAGGGCUGGUCUCCAGCCGUCACUAGAACAUACCGUCUAAAUGUCAUUCAGCUAGGAAUGACAACAGGAGGAGCAAAAAAGGGCCUGCGUCUCCUUUUUCAGUGGGUUCUGGGCCAGUCCCUCCCAGGCUGGCAAAUAAAAGCCCUGUUUGAAUGCAGCUCCUAGUUAGCAGCACCUGGCUAUGUUACACUGUGCAGCCGCUAUUAAUUUCCAGGACGUCUCUGUUCUGGUCCUGUAAAGAGGGA